AGGUCAUCUAGCCAGUCCCUGUGGUCACAUAUUACACUGGCUGCUUGACCAUUAACCAAACAAAUGUUCGGUUUUCAGUGAUUUGCUGUCUAAUGGCUCAAUAUAUAAAUAAAGACAUGUUUUAUAUGAUUUGCUAGAUUAGAUUUCGUCCUAUUUCCACAUUGAUUCAAGCCCCACCCGCUCGAGGCUUAAUGCAGUCUUGCCAGUCGACUGGCAACACCAUAGCACAUCAUGUUUGCGACGCUGAAGUUUGCAGCGUUGUUGCUCGCGGUUGUUGUCUGCUGGGCAACGCAAGAUUAUGAUUAUAAUGACGCUGAAAUAGACGAGGAGCCUACUCUGGGUGAUUCUCCAUAUGGAUCUCUUUGGCCGUUGCCUCAGAAAGUCAAAAUAUCCACGGUAGUAUUCAAACUCAGCGGUGCUAGCUUCCAUAUAUUCGACGCUAAAGAAUCGUCUUCUGGUGCGAGCUGCAGACUUCUUCAAAAUGCAUAUCGAAGGUAUGAUGAGUACAUCUUUACCAGUUCCAGAAAACAAGGGCAAAACAAGAGCAAAAAGACAUUGGCCUCUGACAUUUCUGAAUUACAGGUGUGGAUCACAUCAGCUGACUCUGAGUGUGACAGCUACCCCAGUGUGACAUCUGACGAGUCAUACAAACUGUCAGUGGACUCUCCUGUUGCUGUGCUGAAAGCACCUAAGGUGUGGGGAGCUCUGAGAGGUCUGGAGACUUUUAGCCAGUUGGUGUAUAAGGAUGAAUAUGGAGCAAAAAGCAUCAAUAGGACAGACAUUCACGACUUCCCGCGGUUUGCACAUCGAGGCCUCUUAUUGGACACCUCUCGUCACUUCCUGCCCAUCAAAGUCAUUUUAGCCAAUCUGGAAACCAUGGCGUGGAACAAAUUCAAUGUUUUCCACUGGCACAUAGUAGAUGACCCCUCCUUCCCUUACCUGAGCCGUACCUUCCCCCAGCUGAGUCAACAUGGAGCAUACCACCCGUACACACAUGUGUACACGCCCUCUGAUGUGAAGAUGGUCAUCGAGUUUGCUCGCCUAAGGGGCAUUCGGGUUGUCCCUGAGUUUGACACCCCUGGGCACACUCAGUCAUGGGGCAAAGGGCAGAAGGACCUGCUGACCCCCUGUUACUCUGGAGCCAGCCCCUCUGGUUCGUUCGGACCGGUCAACCCCAUGCUCAACACCACCUAUGACUUUAUGAGGAUGUUCUUCAAGGAAGUCAACACAGUGUUCCCUGAUGCCUACGUCCAUCUGGGAGGAGACGAGGUCGACUUCAGCUGCUGGAAGUCCAACCCUGACAUCCAGAAGUUCAUGGAGCAGCAAGGCUUUGGGAUGGACUACAGCAAGCUGGAGUCUUUCUACAUCCAGAGGCUCUUGGAUAUUGUCACCACUACCAACAAGGGCUACAUGAUCUGGCAGGAGGUCUUUGACAACGGUGUUAAGUUGAAGUCGGACACGGUAGUGCAUGUGUGGAUGGGGAACAAGGUGGAGGAGGAGCUUCAGAAGGUGACGGAGGCAGGCUUCACCACCAUCCUCUCCGCCCCCUGGUACUUAGACUACAUUAGCUAUGGACAGGACUGGCAGAAGUUCUACAGAGCCGAGCCGCUCAGCUUCAAGGGCACAGAUGCUCAGAAAAAGCUGGUGAUUGGAGGAGAGGCAUGUCUGUGGGGAGAAUAUGUGGAUGCUACCAACCUGACCCCUAGACUCUGGCCCCGUGCCAGUGCUGUGGGGGAGCGGUUGUGGAGUGACAGGGAUGUGAGGGACCUAAACGAUGCCUACAGUCGUCUAGCCAAGCACCGCUGUCGCAUGGUCCAGCGUGGUAUCCCAGCUGAGCCUCUCUUUACAGGUUACUGUGCACAUGAGUACAAAGGGGUAUGAAAAGUGAAGACCACUGUGAUCGUCUUCAUGACUUCAUUGAUGCACUGAUACGAGCCAACAUUUGUUUAAAAACAAUUCUCAUUCCAUGUAAUGUCACAUUGAUCUUGUUUUUAGAAAACCAUUUGUUUUUAUGAAUGUAUGAUUCAAAUGAUUAAUAAUUACAUUUUAGUCAAUUCGCAGAUGCUCUUAGUGACUUGCAGUAGGUAGUGCAUACAUUUUAUUUUAUACUGGUCCCCCGUGGGAUUCAAACUCUGAAAUUGCAAGCUCCAUGCUCUACCAACUGAGCCACACGGGACUUAAUAAUAAUAAUAAUAAUAAACCUUUGCAAGGUCAGUUGUCUGUGUACAGUGCUGUGGACACCUGAAGUGUGAUAGUUUUACACGCUCAUGGAAAUUACACAUAUCAUCACAAGAUCAUCUUUCGUACAAUGUCCAUACAUUUUCCUACAAUAUGUUCAGCAGCACUACUAUAUGCCCUCAUACACGGACUAUCAUGUUCUUGAUUAAUCUGUUUGCACAGCAAACACCCUUACAAGAGUAUCGACAGUGGCAUUCCUGGCUUACAUUUACAUUCAAACAUCAUGUAUAUUCCACAGAAACAUACUAUAACAACUGAAUUGUGCUCUUGUUCGGUACAAAAGUCCAUUAGUCCAAUCCUAGUCUCUUGUGAGUGUGGCCAUGCCACAUGCUUGAACUGGAUGCUGAUAUUUGUCAAACCAUAACUGUUCAGUUUCGAAUUGCAACAAUCUCAAAUCCUGCAGCCAUUUCUUAUAGUUUAGGAACAGGAGGUGACGUCAUCAGGCGAGGCCAGCCAUCUUGUUGAGCAGUGUUCUGGUGCUGUAGGUUCAUGGCCUCGUAGCUGUCCAGCUGGAAGGAGAAGGUGGCGUUGUCAGAGUUCGCAGGGCGGUAGUGUAGCCCUGAAACCGAGGAGGAAAGAUUAGAUUCAUUACGACCUGGGACAUAUUUAUUAGUGCACACUGUAGAAAAAAGUAAAUAUGACCUUGGUCAAAGGUGCUAAACAUGGACUUAGAAUUAGACAUCACAUCGUUAUAUCUGUCCCAUUAUGGCGUCUGUGAGAACAUGAGCGGUUCAUUUAAAAAAAUAUAUAUUUUAAUAGUUUCAUGUUUGGUAGAGCAAGUUUCAGGCGAUACAGUUGAUUGUUGAUACAAUAUUUCAAGGUUGUUACAGACAGGUCAUGGGUAACCAAUGUGAUUAAUAGAAUAUUUAUUUUUUAUCAGGAUAUUUUCUACCUGCUGGCUACAAUGUUUUUAGGUUUUGUGUUUAUGUAGGCAAUUUUUACAUAGUUGGCAAUGGCAAGUUACUUUUAGAUUUGUAU